AUGAGCAUCGGCAACGCAGAGGCUAGCACCUCCAAGCGCAAGCAUCGAGCUGAAGCUGAAGCUGCAGCUGGUGCUCCCAUCAAGCGCCGCAAGAGCCGAGGUGAAGAUGUUGAGGUCGAUGCGUCGCCAGCAUCGCAUGCGCUCUCUCAAACACGCGGCACGCAAGACGAAGAUGGCGAGGAUGAGCCAGGCAAAGGCAUGAGUGCUACAGGUCCAACGCAGCGGCCGCACGGAUCCAGCCUAGCCGCUGCCCUCUCCACCACUUCUGCCGAUGCGUUGAGAUCUGCGCUCAGCACGCUCAGGAGAGAAACGAGAUGUGCGGUAGACUCGGCUGGAGCGAGGGAACCUAUCGCUGCGUCGGAUGGCAGGAUCACUCUCGUCACGCAGCUUCUCACUGCGCCCUCGCAUCAUGGCCAGGACGACCAGCUGCCUAGCGCUCUUGCUUCUCUCCUCGCUGCUUGGGAUUUGGCUGAUGCGGUGAGUGUGCGAGCGGCGAGGAGUGAAGGAGCUUACAGCGGCCUGUAUGCGCUGCAUAGCUGGUACCAUGACGAGAUCAACGAGCUCACGCCAUUCCUGCCUCGCUCUUAGCAAUCCUUGCCGACUCUGAUUCCCUUGCCGCUAUUCUGUUUGGCUCAAAUGUUGACGCUGCUAUCAGCACAUCAGCCGACACACGAAAUGGGUGAAGCGGUCAUCUCGGCACUACUGCCACCCAAAACUCAGGCCUUGGAAACGAGCGGCAACGGUCGUGCGCCAGCUGCAUCGUCCUCGAGCAUCGGAGCUUACUGGAGAAGGAUGCAGGCUUAUCUCGUCGCCGGGCAAGGACAGGGUGCGAGCCACGGCGCUGCACGCGGUGCUGCAGCCAAAAACGAGACGCUGACGCUGGCAACGAGCAGGUUGAUGCUCGCCAUGAGCUGCUUCGCUGGAAGCAAGUACGCCAGCAGAAUAUUCGACGCCGUCUCGUGGAGCGGCAGCGGCGCUAUGCCUCGUCUGAUGACCAUGAGGCGAAUGCGAUCGCGCAAAGGCGGUCACAAGACUUCGCGGGGAUCCACUGUUGCUAAUCCUGGAACCUUCGACUCGCCCGACGUGCGAACGCUCUGGACGCUGCUCCUCUUGUCCUUCUUGCGUGCAGGCUCACCGGCACUGUCGUCCGCGGUGCUUGAUCUGGGCAGACCCUACGUACCCGCCAUCGUCAGCGGGCUCCCAGUCGACUCGCCAGAGAUGGUUGUGCACACGCUUCAAGUGCUACACGACUCGCUUCUUGUCGAGGAUGUUCCGGCUGCGGCGCGAUCGGCUCUGCGCGUGCCUAGGAGCAAAGUCGUGGCGCUGUUCAACGAGUGGUGCAUCAAGGAGAUCCUCAAGCUCUACGAUCGCAAGGACCAGACCGAUGUGGUGGAUGGCGAAGGCAAUCGUCUCGCUGUUGGCGACGUCGCUCAUCACUUUUUGACCACGCUGUGCACGCAUCCUGGAAGAGGUGUCUGCUUCGUCGACCGCGGUUGGUAUGCCAAAGCUAGUCAGCAACCAAAUGAGGAGGAUGCCGCUCGUGAAGGCAUCGAGGGUUCAGAGAUGGCCGAUGGCGAGCUAGCUGCUGGUCGAUUAGGCGCGACGGGGGACAACGACGAGAGCGAGCUUGGUGCGCAGCGCUCUCCGCGCGUCUACAACAAAAUCCUCCUGGGUGUGUCGCGCGCGCUCUCCCCUUCGCGCUCGCUACCACAACAACAGUUGACCAUCGACAUCCUCCGAGCAGCGCCAGAGCUCGUCGGCGCAUACUUUGACUCACCCAGCGGGAGCGGCUUGUCUUCCUCCUCCCUCGAGCCACGCCCUCACAGCUCUGCUUGGGUGUCUAGUGUGUCCUUUCUGUCUCGCGUGCUUGCCCUGCCUUUGCCGGAGAGGCGAGAGGAUACACCAUCCACACCUCCGCCCUUCAAAAACAUUGUUGCUGCCUUGCUUCCCUCUCCGUUGACACGUGCGCAGUUGCAAAAGGGCCUCGCGAGCCCUGAUCGGCUGGUUCAACAUAUCACCAUGCGCCUGCUCACACGUCUCUUGGACCGGCUAGUGCGCUUCAAGGAGGCCUGCCAUGCCGCCAUCUCCGACCUGCAGCAAGGCCAGCCAGACAGCGCAAAGGCAGUCGAGCAGUCUCGUACCUCUCUAGAUACCUCUGCUAAUCCCUGGGACGGCCUUGUGCAACCGUCGAACGUGGUUGAUCAGUGGAAGAAGCGAUGGGAUGCGGUGGAAAAGGAAGCGCGACAAAGAUUGCCAGACGUAGCAAGUAUGAUCACGAGCCUCUCUGCUCAAGCGCUCGGGAAGGAGACUUCAGCUGCUCCUUGUCAGACGGACGGUCAGACCUCGCUUGCUACGAGGCAGGGCCAGAGGCUGCUCUUGGAGGAAGGCAGGCUGCGUGUGCUACUCUAUUACUGCCAAGUCAGUCCAGCAUCGGCCUUGCCCGAAGCAGCACGACUGGACUAUGUUCGGCUGCUUCUGGCACAAUCAGCUGGAAUGCCCAUGGCGGCGCUAUGCCGGCUGCAUGCACUCAGGAUCUUGUCGCUCUGUAUCGGAGGGGCCUCUGGGCUGAGAGCCGCGCCGCUGGAUGUCUUUGCCACCGUUUCUUCCGCCUCAAGUUCUGCGUCCUCCCCAAAGACGUUCUUUGGGCUGCUUCUCCAGCUGCUGGCGCGCGACUCGCAAGAGUCCGGCAAAGCUUCCGCACUGAUUCGAUCUACUUGCUCUCAGGCGCUCAUCAGCGUGAUGCGCGAGAGCGUCCUGUUCGAACACGAUCCCGCCGAAUGGAGCGUCUGGGUUCACGCAUUUUCUGGAGCUCCGAAUGUGGACUCGCCAGAUCGGGCGGACCAUGUUCGCGCUUUCUUGGAAGAUUGCGCUUCCAGGUGCCGCAAGACGCACCACCGAUAUCUCGAGAUGAGUCGCAAGCACCGAGAAGAGAAUACUGUCUCCGAUGGUCUGUCCAGAGGAAUUGCAGACACGGAACUGGCUGCGAGUCCAUUGAUGGCCACGCUCGUAGAGCAGCUCUCCAUUCGUCUCCGCAAGCAUUUGCUCGACGAGGCUGACGUCGCCAGCGGAACCCGUGGCACAAUGCAGAGACGCGCUUUGGUCGGCUACGCUGCUAGAUUGCUUGUGCUGCUACUUAGCAGUGGUAGGCCUGCUCAUCCGCUUCUAGCAUGGGCAAGAGAGCUGCAUGCUGCUGCGCAAGCAGAUCAUGAUGUCUUUGUCGUCAGCGAGAUGGGUCACGCGCUGGAAUUAAUCGAAGUCGUAGCGGAAGGACGGAAAUCUGUCCAAGCUAGCCCAGGUGAGUUGGCGCGCAGAGCAUCGGCAUGUCACCAUUGGAAGGAUUAAUCUCCAUGAAUAAUGAUAGGAAGAGUCAGAGGUGUUUAUGCCACCCGGGAAGACGAAACUUGUCACAUGUCUUCGACCCAAUGACCCAUGGUGCUGCCCUUUCAAGCUUGUCAUUCUGCGCAAUGCGUGAUACAGAAGCUGACUGCGAGCUUCUACGCCCCUUCAAAACGCAGAUCAACUCACUUUUGCGCAGUGUGAGUAGCUGUGCGGCAUGGUGGGCACCUCGCCCGCAUCGGUGCGACGAAUGAUUCAAUUUCUAUCAGAAAAUGCAUGGCUUGCUUAGGGCCUUGACCGGACUCCUUUGAAGAGAACCUCUAUCUUACUUCUGUCGUAUGACGGUUCAGCGAUGCGGGCGCGGGCAGCUCUGGUCCUGUCAUCUUGAUCGUGCUCACGGCUGACAUUGAUGCUACUUUUCCACGCUGCUUGCCACACUAGCAAUACUCUCGAGUGAGUACACGCCUGAUCAAGUGGUCCGAGCGCGCAAGGAAGAGAUACACGUUUCAUGUCCAAUUGCUAUCAUACAAGGUCUCGCGACCCGGCAUGUUGAGCACACGUACCUAUUGCUGUUUAUGCUGAGCGUUGCUGUGUGUUUAUGGAGCGCCUCGUCUGCGCACGUAGCUGACUCGCUUUCAUUCGACUCUUGCAGUGCCUGUGGCCGACCUGCUUUGCCGCGGAGAGCCCAUCAGGAACGCGGAAACACUGA